AUUUUGCAUUUCCAGGGAGGAGGACUGCUUUGCUUACCAACAGUCCUCCUCCUUGUCAGUUUGGGCACACUGCUCUUGAUGGGUAUGCAGAGCCAUCCAGAUCAGUAUGCUUACAGUGAAGAACACUGCACCCCCUAGUAAAACACUCCCAUCACACAGUUAACCCUUUGAUUGACCCUCAUGUUAACCCAUUCCUGCCCAGUGCCAUUAGUACAGUGUCAGUGCUUUUUUUUAGAGGAUGGGGAUGUCAGUGACAACUUGUCAGUUCCCCCCAGUGUCAGAAUGCCCGCUGCAGU